UUUAUAGCUUAAAGAUCAGCAAUUCGGACAGAAUGUUUUCAUCAAGCAAUAUUUGGCACAGCAGCAGAAGACCUUCGAAAUUCAGAAGGAACAAAAACGAAAAAUGGAGGAAGAGGAGUCUGCUCAGUCGGGUACAGAUCAUGGUGAGGAGUCGGUUGAAGAGGCAGGUACAAGCACGCCCACUACUCCUACAGCCCCUCCUGCUAAGCAGCGCCGACGGUCAAGACAGGAUAGCACACCUAGAAAAGAGGAUGCUGAGGUAGCACUUGAGCGUAGCACACUGCCUGACAACAAUUCAAGCAACAAGGAAGAGAAGCAUGUACCAAUAAGUGAAGAGAAUGAGCGCACAAGAGGAAGAAGACGAACAAGACUUUCUCGUGGCAGUAUCCCACCUCUUGAAUCUGAGGCUAAAGAUAAUGACAGUGGAACGACACAACAAAUUGCUGCAAAUAAGCAGGAAGAAGUACUGCCCCAGAACAAGACUAUCAAAGAGAAGGAACGUGGAUCUACACAUAGAGAAAUAUCCAAACAUUUGGAAAUUGGCUCCGCCCCUGUAGAGGUACCUAAAAAAGAUGAUAGUGAGUCUGUUCCAGAAAUAUCCAAGCAGAAGGAUGAUGGGUCUGUCCCUCCAGAAAUAUCCAAGCAGAAGGAUAGUGAGUCUGCCCCUCCAGAAAUUACCAAACAGAAAGAUAGUGAGUCUGUCCCUCCAGAAAUAUCCAAGCAGAAGCAUAGUGAGUCUGCUUCUCCAGAAAUAUCCAAGCAGAAGCAUAGUGAGUCUGCUUCUCCAGAAAUAUCCAAGCAGAAGGAUAGUGAGUCUGCCCCCCCCAGAAAUUACCAAACAGAAGAUAGUGAGUCUGCUUCUCCAGAAAAUAUCCAAGCAGAAGCAUAG